GCGGCCAAGAUGGCGGCGGGGUGAGGCGGCGGCGAUGGCGGCGAUGUCCGGGCCGGAGGAGCGCGAUGCCGGCGGCGGCCCCGCCGCUCCCUCCGCUCCUUCCGCGGCCGCUCCCGGCCCCGCGGCCGCGGCCGCGCUCGGCGGCGAGAGCGGCGGCGCGGAGGAGGCGGCGGCGCUGCUGCUGGAGGCGGGCGCCGAUGCCGACGCGCCGCCCAAGAAGCGGCUGAGGGCGGCCGGGAGCGGCGGCGGCGGCGCGGAGGGGGCGGCGGGCAGCGUGAAGCUGGAGGAGCGCCUCUACUCCGUGCUCUGCUGCACCGUGUGCCUCGACCUGCCCAAGGCCUCCGUCUACCAGGUCAGGGGACAGGCCACCAACACCCCCCAGGGGCCACCAAAGUCCCCUCAUGGGCCACCGAGUGCUUCUGUGGGCCACCAAGGGCUCCUUUGUCACCCCUGGGCCACCAAGGGCCUUUAA